UAUCACUCGUCUUGUCUGCACGAGUUCUUCCUCGAUUCUCGAAAGAUUCUUGUGGGUGUUAGGGUUUCGGUAGAUCUCGCUCCAUUUGCUGUCGCGCCGCUGCUUUCCUCAUGGCAGCCGCCGCCGCCGUCCUUCGGGCUCCCUCGUCGAAGACGGAGAGUUACGUGGACACAAAGCGGCGUGACGAUGUCCGGCAGGCGAACAUCAUUGCCGCCUCCGCCAUCGCCGAUGCCGUGCGAACUAGCCUUGGGCCCAAGGGAAUGGACAAGAUGAUCUCCUCCGCCAACGGCGAGGUUAUCAUCACGAACGACGGCGCCACUAUUCUUAACAAGAUGGAGGUCAUCCAGCCCGCCGCCAAGAUGCUCGUCGAUCUAUCCCGUUCGCAGGACGCCGCUGCCGGCGACGGCACGACGACUGUGGUCGUACUGGCAGGAUCCCUCCUAAAGCGCUCCCUUUCCCUCCUCUCCGCCGGUGUGCACCCUACCGCGGUCUCCGACGCCCUUCACCGCUUGUCCAUCCGCGCCGUAGAAGUCCUCCACAGUAUGGCCAUACCGCUUGAUCUCUCCAAUCGCGAUGCCCUUGUGAAAUCCGCCGCUACCUCCCUCAACAGCAAGGUCGUUAGUCAGUAUUCCUCCCUUCUGGCCCCCUUGGCGGUUGAUGCUGUCCUCUCCGUGGUCGACCCUGCACAACCGGACAUUGUCGAUCUCCGCGAUGUGAAGAUAGUGAAGAAACUCGGGGGCACUGUUGAUGACACGGAGCUAGUCAAAGGUCUCGUCUUUGAUAAGAAGGUCAGCCAUUCGGCUGGCGGCCCAACUCGGGUUGAGAAUGCUAAGAUUGCUGUCGUACAGUUUCAGAUUUCUCCACCAAAGACUGACAUUGAGCAGAGCAUCGUGGUCUCCGACUACACCCAGAUGGACCGGAUCCUACGCGAAGAACGGAAUUAUAUCCUGGGGAUGGUUAAGAAGAUCAAAGCAACAGGAUGUAAUGUGCUUCUUAUCCAAAAAAGCAUUCUGAGAGAUGCUGUGACUGAUCUCUCACUGCACUACCUGGCCAAGGCGAAGAUUCUGGUGGUAAAGGAUGUGGAAAGAGAUGAGAUUGAAUUUAUCACAAAAACUUUGAACUGCCUGCCAAUUGCUAACAUUGAGCACUUCCGAGAAGACAAGCUAGGUUUUGCAAACUGCGUCGAGGAAGUGUCAGUCGGGGAUGGAAAAAUUGUAAAGAUAACAGGAAUCAAAGACAUGGGAAGGACAACAACUGUGCUUGUUCGAGGAUCAAACCAGCUGGUUCUUGAUGAGGCAGAACGCAGUCUCCAUGAUGCCCUUUGUGUUGUCAGAUGCUUGGUAAAUAAGAAAUUUCUGAUUGCUGGUGGGGGUGCGCCUGAAAUUGAAAUGUCCAGGCAGCUUGGAGCCUGGGCAAAAGAGCUCAAAGGUAUGGAAAGUUACAGCAUAAAGGAGUUCGCAGAAGCGCUCGAGGUCAUUCCCUACACAUUGGCCGAAAACGCCGGCCUUAACUCGAUAGCCAUCGUCACGGAGCUCAGGAACCGGCAUGCCCAGGGCGAGAUCAACUCUGGAAUCAAUGUGAGGAAGGGGCAAAUCACAAACAUCCUGGAGGAGAAUGUCGUGCAGCCGUUAUUAGUUAGCACGAGCGCGAUUACACUGGCAGCCGAGUGUGUGAGGAUGAUUUUGAAGAUCGACGACGUUGUCAUUGUGAGGUAAAACUUAGGGAGGAGCAAAGAUGAUUUUGUUGUUGGCAUUUGGAACUAGUACUAGUCUUCUACAUGGUGUUUAAGUUGACUUUUUUAUCUUAUUUUUGUUUCAUUUUAUUUUGAGACUCACGGUUAUUGUCUCAGCAAUUUACUGGUGGCUGUCACUAUGAAAUUGAAAUAUUAUGUUUUUUUUUCUUGCUCUUUCAUUACUACCUUACUUUCAUUAA